AUGUCGUCCAAGAGAGGUCUUGAAGGUGAUGAUGCAACAGCACCAUCGCCGAAGAAGCAUCGCUCGGGAUUCAAAAUUGGCCCGGACAAUCUGCCCGAUGGGGUCCAUCGAAGAAAAGUAAUCAAGAUAAAGAAAGAUUUGAUCCAUAAAGCCAAAGUUAAAAAAGCAUACGCAAAAAUCAAGGCGCAAGAGCCUAUGCUCGAAACCCCAGCAGUGACUUUACCUCUCCCAGAACCCGCUCCUCUAGAGUUACAUCCUGAGCGCCAGGCUAUGCUUGAUGCUCUCCGUGAGCCCACACCGCCUCCAGACCAACGACCCCGACAGGCUCAACAGAAACGAGCGACGAGGAGACCGGCGUAUUUCGAAAAGCAAGAGGCAGAGGCCGCUCAAAGGAAGGCCGAGGCCGAGGAACGGAGAGCUGAGUUUGAACGGAGACAGAACGAAAAAGCCACGAAAAUUGAAGAGAGGGAUAGGUUCCGGAAGGCAAUGGCAAAGGCGAGGGUAGGUGGGAGGAAUGGGCAGAGGAAGUUGGGACGCGAAAGCCAGGUACUUUUGGAGAAGGUCAGGAGGGUCGUAGGCGAAUGA